UGGUUUUACGACGCAAAAUCAAAACGUCACCGAGAGAAAAUUCAUGGAGCCGACCUGGUCAGAGCAUCGAUUAGGAAAAGGAAAAAACCAGCCACAAUAGAGUUGUAUGGGGUCAUGGAAGCACCAGAUGAAGCCGAGGAAGAUGUAAUGGUUGAACAACAGGAGGGGAAUCAGAGUUCAAUAAAAGUGGACUUCACACCCCCAGAAAAAGAAAAAGAUAACUUGAGGAAUGGAACUUUGUCCCCUCCAAAGGCAAGACAAAAUCCAUUCAAUUCUGAAGGCUUGCAAGAUGACAUAGACUACAAUAAUGAAGCUCCAAGCACGAAUCCUGAAAAUGUUCAAAUGAAUGGGACUGAAAAGCCUAAAUCUGGCGAAGAGCCUCUUUAUGCCGUUGUGAAAAAGACUCCAGCAGCCUCCUCUCCAAGUAAAGAAUCAGAUAAGAAGCCAGAGGUUGGAUCUCCUGAAGUUUCAAACUCAAAGCCAGGUAUGGACGAAUCUCACCCCAUAUUGAGGGCAUUGAAAAGGAGCGAAGCUAAAAUGCUCAACUCCAAAGCUGUACAGGAGGUGUCCCCCACACGUACAAAUCAAUUAAAUUCAAGCAGUCCAACAGAAGAUAUACCAGUGAACUCCUUUCCACAAAAUGCUGAAACGCUAAAACGGCUGAGCCAGUCUGUGCCCGCUUUCAUUCAUGAUGACACUGAUGGCAGGGAUACAGACUCGGCAUCAGAAAGCAGUUUUCAGAUUGGCAGACACAAGAAGAGCCCCAGCUCUCUAACCAAUCUUAGCGGCUCCUCUGGCAUGGCGUCAAUGUCCUCUGUAAGUGGAAGCGUCAUGAGUAUCUACAGUGGAGAUUUCGGCAACGUUGACAUUAAAGGUGGCAUCGAAUUUUCAAUUGACUAUGUGGAGCCGCUGAAGGAGUUCCUGAUUUACAUUUACCAGUGCAGGGAACUGGCAGCAGCUGAAGCGAAGAAGCAGCGUUCUGAUCCCUAUGUGAAGGCCUAUUUGCUCCCAGAAAAGGCAAAGAUGGGUAAACGAAAAACUGCUGUAAAGAAGAAGACGGUGAACCCUGUUUACAAUGAAAUACUGAGGUAUAAGAUUCCCAAGCAGUCUCUUCUGGCACAAACUCUGAACUUGUCGGUGUGGCACCAUGAUGCACUGGGCCGGAACAGUUUCCUGGGAGAAGUUAACUUGAAUUUAGGGACUUGGGACUGGAAUACACAGAGGAAAUGGUAUCAGCUGGAACCACGUACCCCAGCUGCUGGUAUUGGGCUGGAGAACAGAGGAGAGAUAAAGAUGUCUUUGAAAUAUGUUCCGAUGUCACCCUCCGGACCAGGGACAAAGCAAAGCCCAACUGGGGAGGUCUACAUCUGGAUCAAGGAGUGUCUGCAGCUGCCUAUGCUGCGGGAGAACAAGAUCAACUCCUUUGUUAAAUGCACGGUACUUCCUGACACAAGCAGGAAAAGUCGUCAGAAAACACGCACGGUGGACAAGACACCUAAUCCAAUUUUCAACCACACAAUGGUUUAUGAUGGCUUCAAGGAAGAAGACCUGAGAGAGGCUUGUGUGGAGCUCACCGUGUGGGACCAUAACAAGCUGUCAAAUCACUUUUUAGGAGGCUUAAGAAUUGGCCUGGGAACAGGGAAAAGUUAUGGAACAGCUGUAGACUGGAUGGACUCCACCGAUGAAGAAUCGACAAUGUGGGAGAAGAUGAUGGCCUCACCUAAUACAUGGGUUGAUGGCAUACUGCCACUGCGAAUGUUCAAGAUGGCCAAGCUUGCAAAAUAA